AUGUCAUAUUACUCUGUUUUUGUUAGAUUUAAAGAUGUAUGUUGGAUGGUAAAAGCAAGGGCUACAAAAGACACUAUCAUACGAUUAAACUUUACACAUUUUUGUUUGAAUUAUGGAGUUCAAAGAGAACUUCAGAGAAAGAAGAGCCUCUUGACAUUUCAAAAUAACAAUAAUACCGGUAUUACAUCUACGCGUAUUUUUUGUAUCAAAUCAAUUAAAGAGAGAUUUCAAAACAAUCACCGUGUAGGAGGAAAGAAAUGGGGCAGAGGGUUUGUGCUAGUCUUAACGCUUUUAUGUUUCUUUUCGUGA